AUGGGAUCUACCAGCCCUAUGCCCAAGGUUCUAAAGCUCGGGAAUAUUGACCAUGCGCAAGCAGCCUGGACUGCGUUAGGCGAAGUGGCAGAGCUAGUCGAGCCUGCAGCAACCGAUCGAGCAGACUUCAUCCAGGAGUGCAAAGACGGCAAGCUGGAUGGUGUCGUUGCAAUAUACCGAACAAUUGGCUCUCUAGCUCAAACAGGGCUUGUAGAUGAAGAGCUCCUGAAAGCCCUGCCGAGCUCACUCCGAUACAUCGCACACUGUGGCGCCGGAUACGAUCAAAUUGACGUUCAUGCCUGCAGCGCACGCAACCCUCCGGUCAGGGUAUCCAAUGUCCCAACUGCAGUGGACGACGCGACUGCGGACGUGAACAUGUUCCUGAUCCUUGGAGCACUGCGCAACUUCAACACCGGUAUGAACGCCCUGCGUAAGGGCCAAUGGCGUGGCCUGCCAGCGCCUCCUCUUGGUCAUGAUCCCCAAGGGAAGGUUCUUGGUAUCCUGGGGAUGGGCGGUAUUGGGCGUAAUCUGAAGAAGAAGGCCGAGGUCUUUGGAAUGAAGGUCAUCUAUCACAACCGCCGCAAGCUUAGUGAUGAGCUGUCCGGGGGUGCGCAAUAUGUUUCUUUUGAUGAACUCCUGUCUACAAGUGAUGUCGUCAGCUUGAAUCUGCCAUUGAACAAAAACACGCGUCAUAUCAUCGGCAAAGCUGAGUUCGCUAAAAUGAAAGACGGCGUGGUAGUCGUUAAUACUGCCCGUGGAGCUGUCAUGGACGAGGCUGCUUUGGUUGAUGCCCUGAAUAGGGGGAAGGUGUUUUCAGCUGGUCUUGAUGUCUUCGAGAAUGAGCCUUACAUUCAUCCUGGGCUGCUGAAAAACCAGAAUGUAAUUCUGGUUCCUCAUAUGGGUACCUGGACUAGUGAAACGAUGCUCGCUAUGGAGGAAUGGGCAAUUGAUAAUAUCCGAAUGGCUCUUGAAGUUGGGAAGUUGAAGAGCCCCGUUCCAGAACAGGUGGAUCUCUAG